GUUCCAGGGGCGGUGCGGGAUGUUCAGAGGGGCGGUGCGGGAGAUGCGGGCUGUUGCAGGGGCGGUGCGGUGCUGCGGGUCGCUCUAGGAAGGACGCUGAUCGCUCAGGGGCAGUGCCGGGCGCUCCAGGAGUGCUGCGGGUCGCUGCGCAGGGCGGUGCGGGGCCGGUGCGGGGCGUUCCGAGGGGCGGUGCGGAGGGAGGUGCGGUCCUCCCCGGGCGGUGCCGUCCCUGUCGGGGCGGUGCUGUCCCUCCCUGUCCCUCCCUGUCCCUCCCCGUCCCUCCCCGGGCGCGGUCCGGCGCUGCCCGGCCAUGCGGGCGGGCUGAGCGGCUCCGCCGCCGCCCGUCCCGGCCAAGGAUGGCUUCCAAUUUCAACGACAUCGUCAAGCAGGGCUAUGUGCGCAUCCGGAGCCGGCGGCUGGGGAUUUACCAGAGAUGCUGGUUAGUGUUCAAAAAGGCUUCAAGCAAAGGGCCCAAGAGGCUGGAGAAGUUCUCAGAUGAACGAGCUGCUUACUUCAGGUGCUACCACAAGGUCACAGAGCUCAAUAAUGUCAAGGAUGUCUCAAGGCUGCCAAAAAGCACAAAGAAACACGCUGUGGGCAUUUAUUUCAGUGAUGACACCUCCAAAACCUUUGCUUGUGACUCAGAACUUGAGGCAGAUGAGUGGUGCAAGGUGCUGCAGAUGGAGUGCCUGGGAACUCGGAUUAAUGACAUCAGCCUUGGAGAGCCUGACUUGUUGGCAUCUGGAGUAGAGAGGGAGCAGAGUGAGAGAUUCAAUGUGUAUUUGAUGCCAUCCCCUAAUUUAGAUGUGCAUGGGGAAUGUACCUUGCAGAUAACAUUUGAGAACAUCUGUCUUUGGGACAUCCAGAAUCCCAGAGUCAAACUGGUCUCGUGGCCUCUCAGUGCCCUGCGGCGCUACGGGCGGGACCCAGCCUGGUUCACCUUCGAGGCUGGCAGGAUGUGUGACACAGGAGAGGGGCUCUUCAUCUUCCAGACCAGGCAGGGGGAAGCCAUCUACCAGAAGGUUCACUCAGCUGCCCUGGCCAUAGCAGAGCAGCACGAGAGGCUGCUGCAGAGUGUCAAGAAUUCCAUGCAGCUGAGGAGGAGCGAGCGGGCGCUGCCCCUGCCCCUGCCCCGCAGCAACUACUGGCACCACAUCCCCCAGCUGCACUGUACAAACCACUUGUAUUAUAUCGGGGAUGUUUCCAGCCCGGUGAAGCUCCAUCACACGGACACUUUUCCCACCUGCAGGUCAGAGCACUGAUGAAAAUCCAGGAGGAGCUUUACAAACUCUGUGUCCUCUGACCAGCUGCCCCAGUGGUGAUGACAACCCAGGAUGGAAA